UUGUCAAGCACUAGGAAGUACAGGACUAGGUUAUGUUUCAGUUGCAUCGUAGAGUUUACGAUUACAAGCACAGUAAUUUUUAAGUAACAAUUAAUGAAAUUGUUUAUUGUAAAUGAAAGCUAACAACUGAUUUAAAUAUUUAAAUUUAAUUGGAAGGAAUUUUCAAACCAAGUUCUGAAGUUUAAAAAAAAAUAAACAUUUAAUUAUUUACAAACAUGUUGCCGCUUUCAUUACUCAGGACAGCGCAAAAUCACCCAAUGUUGGUGGAAUUAAAAAAUGGAGAAACAUACAAUGGACAUUUAGUUAGUUGUGAUAAUUGGAUGAAUAUCAAUCUCAGAGAAGUGAUUUGCACAUCUAGGGACGGUGACAAAUUUUGGAAAAUGCCAGAAUGCUACAUCAGAGGCAGUACCAUAAAAUAUUUACGUAUUCCGGACGAAGUAAUAGACAUGGUGAAAGAAGACGUUCAAAUGAAAUCACGAGGAAGAGGUGAAAUGAAAGGCAGAGGUGGCCAAAGUCAGCGCGGAGGCCGAGGAGGAGGUCGUGGUGGCGGCACUUUUGGUAACCGCGGCAACAGAGGACCGGCACCUUUGGGUCGUGGUGGCGGCGGCAAUCAAGGCAACAAACCCCUUAAUAAAAACAGAAAUAAAUAAAUCUUAAUUACUAUCAUUACUUAAUAAUGUAUUAUUUAAUAAUUAAAUAAAAAUCCUGUGGAUUAUGAAAUUAAAAGAAA